GUUAAGAUCAGACAAACCAUUUUCACUAGCAGUCAGAGAAGCCAUGUAGUUAAGUAACUGGUCUCCGGAUAAAAAAAAGGAAAUACAUUUAAUGUAUGCAUAACAUUACUGUAAAACUUUUUUGAACCACCAUUCCAUUUUUAAAAGAAUAUUUAUAGUUAUAAUAAUCAAAAUUUUGUUUAGUUUUGUUCGUUUUUCAGAGAAGACUAGAUAAUAGUGGACGUAGUGUCCUUCGCCUCUCUUCCUGUGGAGAGGGCGGAGCGUCUUUGAGUCUUUUGUCCAAAACAGAAACACCGAGUUUUACUGAUUGACUGUGCAACCGAAGGCUGUGGCUUGAAGGGGGUCGUUGUUGCUUCUGAAAAGUCUGACCACAAAGAACGUUUCUCGUCUGGUUUCUCAUUGAAGCUUCCUGAGGAUUUCUGGUUUUGCUGCCUUACAGGGACAUGUUGGCCAUAGCCACUAGGAACUUUGUGGAGGAGGUGGAUCGUGGAGGUUUACUCAUCCCGGUGUCAAGCCUGAAUGACACUAUUGCUCUCCUGACGGUGGUGGUGAAGCGGAAACGUUUCUGGUUCUGGCAGAAGCCUAAAUAUCUUCCCACUGACUUUACCCUCAAUGAUUUAGUGACAGGAGACACACCUUUACAGCCAGUUGUGGUAGAGACAGACUUCAUCAAGUACAGUGGGACAUUUGGUGACAACAUUAAAGGAACCGUGGGUGCAAAUUUAGCCAACACCACUGUCAACCUGGAAGGUAAAGACUCUUCCAAGCUCCAGUCGUCCUUUGGCAGUUUGAAAAAGGAAGAAAUAAAUGUGCAAAAGCUGCUGCGAGACUCCAAAGACAGGAUGCUGGACAUGUCUCAUAGUCUGAUCCAGCAGGCGAAGGAGAAGCACAGGCGGGUGUUUGGGAUUGUGAAGGAGCGCAUCGUGACCACUCAGCCCUGUUCGGUCAUAGAGGACGUGCAGCAGGAGGGACAGUGUGGAGGGGUUCUGGGUAUCUGUGGCAAGAAGAAUCCUAAGAUUGCACUAAAGGAGAAUGGAAACUUGAGUACAGACAGCAACGUUACCAUGGAGAUUCCCAUCCAUACAACUAUCGCCUAUGGCCUUAUAGAGCUAGUGGUCAAACAUGAUGGACACUUCGAGCUGUGUCUGAUGUCUGACACCGAUGGAGGAUUUGAAGUAGAUAGCUCUAAUAAGCCUAGGCUGGUGGGCAUGUCAGGGGCACCUGCACAUUCUUCUGAACAGUCUUCUUCCCUUCGGCAAGAGCUGGAGAAAUUAAGUGAUCACUUCAAGUUGCUUUCAUCUCUGUCUGUGUCGAUCAAGUCCUCUCUGCUCAAGCAAAUCACAAAACUAAUGCAGGACCAAGCCUCCAUCAGUGCACUUCAGCAUGUGCUGGACCAGAUAUGCCUGGAAAAGGUACCAGACUUGGAUGACGCUACGAUGACAGAGUCUGCUCGACAGAACAUUAAAGCGAUUCUGGACCUUUUGGAGAAGUCUGGUCAAAUGGGGUCAACGCAGGCGGCCGGACCGUCCACAUCAGCCCUCACAGCCAUUCACCUCCUUACAAGUGCUUUGGAUGAGAUGACAAACGACUGUUUUGCUGUCUUGGGAAUGUGCUGCAGCCCCACAGUGUUGGCGACCCUGGAGCAACUGGUGCAGUGUGUUUUGGGAAAUGGAGAGUUGCCCCUGAGCAGCUUAGGUCUGGCUGAGGACGUCUAUGAAAAAACUGAACAUCUGUUUGCCUCCUCUAAAAUAUCCCUGAAGAGAGAUGGGGACGUGCUGAAGACAGAAAUAAACCCUCAGCCAGGCAAUCUUCCUCUCAUACUGUGUAUUGUUAUCAGAAGUCUCGCCUCAUUGGCCCACGGUGUUUGAACCAAAGGCUGUGCUGGAAUCGCAUAGAGCAAGCAGAUUUUAUGAGAAGAACAUGGAUGUUGGGGUGUUUUAUGCAUUUUCUACACAACUGGUGUUGAUUGACCAAGAUGUGUAAAUGUGCUAAAUUUGUAUGAUUUGACAAUCUCUGAAUGAAUUUCUUGUAUUUUGGCUAAACUUUCAUAUACUUUAUUUAAAAACUGUUGUAUUGUAUGAUACUGGAAUUGGUGAGAAAGAUAUUUCUAUCCCACACCCAACUGCAACCAAUGGUUUAUAGGUAUAACAAAAGUUUCCAUUCAUCCUUGAAUCUUACACGGUCACAGCUUCUCAUUCUUUGAUGCAUCGACUACAAUCCAUUUUUUUUACGUGGUACUUGUCUGUGCUGGUGGCAGCAUCACCAGUGUACACAUUAAUUUGAAGACAACAAAUAGAUUGUGGUCUCUGAAAAUUUUCCCCUCGUGUUGUGAUUUUUUAUCGACUGUUACCAACAAUGUAGAUUUGUGGAAAAUAAACGAGGUGAUGUCUCAGCCCUGGAGGCACACUCACUGGUA